CAUACACCUAUUUGAUUCGGAAAUCUGAAUUAUAGUGAAUUCUACAUAGGUAUAUCUUGAUUAACUUUUUGCGCUUUUAGUUUAACUAUUAAAAAAAAUGUAUUUCUUCGGUAUAUUUUUGUGAUCCCUUGAGUUUCGGUUAAUUUUAAUUGUGUAAAUCAGAAAUAUUUAUUAAUUGAUGAAUAGCGUUUAUAAUGAGUUAUUGGAAAAAUUUUAACGUCGAUGCAAACGAAUUGAAAGAUUAUUUCAAAUCGCACAAAUCUGUCAAAGAAUUCCAAGCGCAUUCGUCGAAAGUGCAUUCCGUUGGUUGGAGUUGUGACGGUAAACGUCUAGCAUCGUGUUCGUUCGAUAAGUCAGUGGCCACAUUUACUUUGGAUAAAGAACGUCUGAACAAAGAAUAUACUUAUAAAGGCCACAGUGGUAGUGUGGAUCAGUUAUGCUGGCAUAAGUUUAAUCCCGAUUUACUCAGUACAGCUAGUGGUGAUAAAACAGUAAAAGUAUGGGAUGUGAGACAUCAAAAGUGUUCCAAUACUAUUUUAACCAAAGGAGAAAAUAUUAAUAUCACUUGGUCUCCUGAUGGUCAUACAAUUGCUGUUGGUAACAAGGAAGACUUGAUAACUUUUAUUGAUAUGCGUAUCCUAAAACCAAUUAGUGAGCAACAGUUUAACUUUGAAGUGAACGAAAUGUCAUGGAACAAUGAAAAUGAUUUGUUUUUUUUGACAAAUGGCUUAGGAUGUGUUUAUGUAUUGAGUUUUCCAGACUUGAUUCAGCGACAUGUAGUUAAGGCUCAUCCAGGUACAUGUAUUUGUAUAGAAUUUGCUCCAAGUGGUCAUUAUUUUGCUGUAGGUUCAGCAGAUGCUUCUGUCUCUUUAUGGGACCUUGAGAAUUUAGCUUGUGUACAAACAUACAACAGAUUAGAUUGGCCAGUUCGAGCUUUAAGUUUUUCUUAUGAUGGUAAAAUGUUAGCUUCAGGCAGUGAAGAUUUGUAUGUAGACAUUGCAGAUGUUACAACAGGAGAAAAAAUUACUGAUAUCCCAAUUGAAGCAGCAACAUUCACAGUGGCGUGGCAUCCAAAACAGUAUUUAUUGGCAUUUGCAUGUGAUGAUAAAGAGCAAUUUGAUAGAAAAAGAGAUACUGGAAAUCUAAAAGUUUAUGGAUUUACUUCUGAUUAAUAUGUUAAAACCAUACAAUGUGACAAUUAAAUUUUUAUUUUAUGCUAA